AACAGCAUGUUAGCAAACACACUGGAGCAAUAAAGACCACAAAAUAAGCAAGAAGUUCUCUUCUACAAAAAUUAUAAGACCAAGAAUAGAAGGUGUGGAUUUAACCAGAGACCAUGGCAAUCAGCUUCAUACUACUGCUGCUCUUUGUCCUGAAUGCAGCUGAUGGUACUCAUAUUGUUGGUGGCAGAGAUGCUGCCCCACACUCGCGCCCCUACAUGGCCUCGUUGCAAGUGCGAGGUGACCUGAACUGUGGGGGAGUCCUGUUGAGAGAGGACUUUGUGCUCACAGCAGCACAUUGUGAGAUAUCAAUACCAUACACAGUUGUACUUGGAGCUGAUUCCCUGUCCGGUAAUGAGCCUACAAAGCAGGUGUUCAGUGUUGCCAGAUCCAUUCCACAUCCCAACUACGAUGGACAUGCAAAUGAUAUCAUGCUCCUAAAGCUCGACCGCAGUGCCCAGCUGACUGAUGCAGUGCAGCUGAUCCCUCUAGCAAAGGGCAGGCUGCGAAUAUCCAGCCAGUGCAUCACAGCUGGCUGGGGGGAUAUAGGGGAUAACAACACCAUAGCAAACAGGCUUCAGGAAGUCAACGUAACCACCCUGCCACAGAGGACAUGCCGUAUGAAAUGGAGAACUGUUCCCAUCACCAGGUCAAUGGUUUGUGGCACUGGGGGCCGUAACCUUCAAGGCUUCUGCUCGGGGGAUUCAGGUGGUCCAUUGGUGUGUGAUGGUGCUGUAGCAGGCGUCGUGUCCUUCUCUGGUCCGAAAUGCGGAGAGACCAAGACCCCCGAUGUCUACACGCGCGUAUCGUGCUUCAGGGAAUGGAUUACAGGAGUGUUAAACAACAAUUAGGCAAAUUAGAUUGAAUGGUAAUUUGUCAAUAUUGGGAUGUACUUUUCAGAUCAAGGCUCUAUACAAACAUAUCGUGUCAUGUUGUUUAAUAUUUGCUUAACAAUGCAGCGCUGUGGAUGAUGAGAUGAGGUAUAAUAAUUUAGGUUUGUGUCACCUGUCACAUUAUGGUUUUGUUAUACAGCAUGCAUUCAAAAAGGCUCAGGCAAAACUCUUUUUAAUCCAAACUUUCAAAAGUAUACUGAGCUGAAUAAAGUGGAAAUGAAAAGCAAAGUAAAUUCCAGUGCACUGAUUUUUGGUAUUGAAAAAUAUGCAUCAAAAAGUGAAACUACCAUAAAACCAUGGAUUAGGUAGUGAUUACAGCUUUAGAAAUAAAAAUGUUUCCUUUAUGGGUCAA